UAUUGUCAAACUUUUCAAUUCCUCAUCGUUGAAAGGUUACUGGCCGGGUUGCGAUUCAAGAUGGCGGAGGAAACGAACAUAACAGCAAACGCUACACAGUUUGAUUAUUUCGUGAGAGAAGCCGCGUGGGCAAUGGCAAUCAAACAAAAAAGAGACUGGGACUUUCUUGGCGCAUGCGCGUUCACAUUCGCCGCCCUUCUGACUGUUGGAUAUGGCGACAUCACACCCGAAACACCAAUAGGGCGUGGUCUAACCAUCAUCUACUGCCUGGUCGGCCUCCCCCUGUCCGUCAUGGCCCUAAAAACUGGUGGAGAAGCCGUGGUUCAUCUCAUCAGCUUAACAGAAGCUUUCUUCUAUUCUCGCACCUGUGGAACCCCACCCUCACCCCAUUCGCUAAGGCGUUGCCUGGCAACUAGCGUGAUCCUUGUGGCGGUCUACCUGUGUUUAAUGGCAGGGCUGGGGAUGUAUCUAGAAGAGUGGUCGUUCCUGGACAGUUUUUACGCUUGGUUUAUAACUUUUUCCACCAUUGGGUUUGGUGAUCUGGUACCGUUGGAGAGUUUUAGACAACGUGCGACGUCAGAUGCAGAUAUUCUUUUUGCUGGAAUAGCUAUAACCCUUCCGUACUUAAUUGGUUUUUGUCUCGUGUCCUGUGUGAUAAAUCUGCUUGUCGAAGUGUCAGAGAAAGGCCUUUGUGGUGCCAUCUUUAGUAAGCGAACUUGUCACAACAUUGAUGGUGUUGAUGAAGAAGCGGGCAGGUCUGAUGGCGAUAGUAUUGAAAUGCAGGUGCCUAUGAGCUAUAGUCGGAGAUGCAGUAUUUGAGGGAAACAUUAAUAAAAGACAACCUG